AUGCAAAAGCAUAGCGGCCGGGGUGUCUUCUGCUGCCUGAUGACCGCCGCGCUGCCGGUAGUUCUCUACAUGGCUUCGGAUCCGCACACGGAUCCAAAUCGGCGGCUACUACGAAUGCAGCAGCUUAUCCAAUUCCCGCUGCAAGUUCGCCUGAUUGACCAUGUCAGCUUGCACCAGCCUGCAGGCUAUGAGCUGACCACAAUCCCGCUUGAGAUACAGCAGGUUCUUGCGGCCCUAGUAGACGAUGCGCUAGGUGCAGGCCACGUUGGCGCUCCGUUUCAUCACCAUGUCGUCGACGGUCGAGCGACGGCACUGCCGCUCCCGCGUAACCUAGCUGCCCUACUCCGGGCGCUCAUGCAGCCCAAGCUCGAAGAGUUCUGUGGCUGUGCACUGCAGAAUGGCAUCGUGCACGGUAUUCGCGUGUACCAUCCCGGCGCGCUGCUCUUGCCGCACGCCGACUGGCCCCACGCAUGGGUUGUGUCUGCAACACUGAACGUGCGCCGGAACGCCCUCAUGUACGAAGCCUCGCGCUUGCUGCACAGUCGGCCAGAGCCCCUCAGAGGAGGUGUGUAUGCGGCGGUCUUCAUUGGCUUCACUCCUGUCGGCUACCCAAACAUUCCGAGCGCGGGCAUCGCGACGCGAGCGAUCGUCACAAGCGUGAUGGGCAUGCAGCAGCUUGGCCUAAGGCUCGGACUGCUCUAG